AUGUCAUUUGUGAAAAACCGUGUUCUGAUAACUGGUGCAUCUGGUUUAUUGGGUCGUGCUAUAAAAAAAGCUUUCUCUGCUCAACUGCAAUAUUGGGAAGUCCUUGGAACAGCAUUUUCUCGAGCAAAUGGAGAUCUCAUAAAGUUGGACUUGAACCAGAAAAGCGAAGUUUUGAAAACUGUUCAAAAUUUUAAGCCUCAUGUAAUUAUCCAUUGUGCUGCCGAGAGACGUCCUGAUGUUGUAGAAUAUCAAGCAGCAGCUACUUACCAACUGAAUGUAGAGGCAACAAAAACAAUGUGUGAAGCAGCAGUUGAAUGCAGUUCCUGGUUACUUUAUAUCAGUACCGACUAUGUAUUUGAUGGCAAAGAACCUCCUUACCAAGUAGAUGCCCAGCCCCAUCCUUUGAACAAAUAUGGCCUCUCCAAGCUGCAAGGAGAAGAGAUUGUUAAAAAGAAUCAUGCGGAAUUUGCUAUUCUUCGUGUGCCAAUUUUGUAUGGACAAAUAGAGAAUUUAGAAGAAAGUGCAGUGACAAUUUUAUGGAAAAAUAUCAGAAAUGCAGUCUCUUGCAAAAUGUCUGACUAUGAGCGUCGCUAUCCAACCCACACUGAUGAUGUAGCAUCUGUUAUUCUUGCCAUGACAGAAAGGAAAGUCAAAGGGGAAAAUAUGGGUGGAAUAUUUCAUUGGAGUGGAGAUGAAAAUAUGACAAAGUAUGAUAUGGCUAUUGCAAUGAGAAGUGUAUUUUCCCUCAGUCCUGAUCACAUUAUUGCUGAUAAAACUGUUUGUACUGGAGCACCUCGACCUUACAAUGCCCACCUUAGUUCUGACCGACUUGAGAAUAUGGGAAUCAAACCAAAGCGGACUCCAUUUAAACAGGGAAUCAAAGCUGUUCUUCAGCCAUAUGUGAACUGA